AUGGCGAGCGCCAGCGCCGGCGCCGGCGUAUCCGGCACGGCGGCAACCCAUCCGUACACAUGCAACACGUGCCAGGUUGCCUAUCGCAAUAUCGAUCUACAGAAGACGCACAUGAAGAGCGACUGGCACCGAUAUAACCUCAAGCGUCGAGUUGCCUCGCUGCCUCCCAUCUCCUCCGAAGUCUUCACCGAAAAGGUCCUCCAGGCCCGUGCCACAUCGACCGCCGAAGCGGAAAAGGCCUACUUCGAAAAGGCGUGCGCCGCAUGCAACAAGACGUACUACAGCGAGAACGCGUACCAGAAUCACCUGCUCAGCCAGAAACACAAGCAGAACCUGUCCAACGCGGGCCAUCGCCGUGCUGAUGACGAGACCACGUCCGUCAUCAGCUCCACGUUCUCGCUCGGGGAGCCGACCGGACCGUCAAGAGAGGAGUUUGACAGCGACGCCGAGGACGAGUUCAACCAGGUCAUCGAGAGCUUGCAAAAGGCGACGGUCGCGGGGCAGCGGCCAUCUCCUGUCAAGCGCCCGUCCAACCCCCGCCCCGUCGGUGCGGACGCGGAAAAGAACGGGGCUGGCGAUGAUGAAGGUUCGACGACAACUGGUGGCGCUGAGCCCGCAUGGACGGUCAACUCUUGUAUCUUCUGCAACUACAACUCCCCCUCAGUGGAGCUGAACGCCACGCAUAUGGAGCGAUUCCACGGCAUGUUUAUUCCCGAAAAGCCGUAUCUGGCCAACCUGGAGGGUCUCGUCAAGCAUCUGCAGCGCCAGGUGGCCGAAUACCACGAGUGUCUGAGCUGCGGCAAGAUCAAGACGACGAUAUUUGGUGUGCAAACGCACAUGCGGGACAAGGGCCACUGCAAGAUCCCCUACACAUCAGAGGAGGAACAGCUGCGAAUCGGCGACUUCUACGACUUUAGAAGCACGUACUCGGAUGACGAGGACGACGAAGAGUCUGACGACGAGGUCGCGGAGGGCGAGACUGGCGGUGCCAAGCUGGGACCGAAGCGACGAGCCAAGAUUGUCAACUCUGAUGGCGAGGAGAUGGACGAGGACGAAGACGCCGAGGGCUGGGAGACGGACAGCUCCGUCUCGUCGCUCGACUCUGCCGAUCUCACGGCCGUCCCGGCUGAGGGCCACAUCCAUCAGUUUGAGCGCCUAAGCAAGCACCCGCACCACUCCCGCCACGACCCGCGGAAUCGCCACCAGGUCGACGGCUGGCACUCGAGAGCGCACAAGCACACGCACGCUGUCUUCUACGACGAGCACGAGCUGCACCUGCCGUCCGGCAAGUCAGUUGGACACCGGUCUCUCAACAAGUACUACCGACAGAACCUGAACAACUACCCGACGCCCGAGGAGCGCGCGGAGCGCCUGGCCAUCGAACAAGCGGCCGGCUCGGGAGACGAGCAGGAGGAGGGCCGGGCCAACGGCGACCGGAGAGUCGCCGUGCGGGGCCGCGGCAGGGAGGUGGCGCCGCGCGGCACCCUGGGCAUGGCGGGCGUGACGGACGAGAAGCGGCGCGAGGCGCGCAAGAUUCAACAACGCGGCCGCGACGCGCAGAAGCAGCGGACCAAGGCGGAGGAGUGGUCAUACGGCAAGCGGGCCAACAACCAAAAGACUUACUACUACCGCUACGAUGGCGGCGGUUAG